UCCUGCAUGUAUGUUCUCCUCUCCUUCUGCAUCAGUUGAUUUUCUCUGUGUCAGUUUAGUGUGAAUGACACUUCUGGACAUCUGACACCAAUGUGUUUUCUCUAAAGGCACAUCAGGAGAGAACAUUUUAGGCAGUAUAGUGUUUUUCUGAGGCUUUUGGCUUGACACCUCUAUAAGUUUCUCUUUGGGACACUUGGCAUGUAUGGGUUUCUGUUGGUGUAGCCGUCAAGCAUGAAGUGGAAUUUGUUAAAGAAGAAGCCUGCAGCCAUGGUGGGCCCCGAGCCCACAGGUGCCAGUGCCCUGACCAUGGCCCCUGCUGUUUCCACACCUGCAGACAACUCCACCGAGCAACAGGGCCCGGUCAGCAAGAAUGACGUCUUUGGUGACAUCAAAAACAAGUUCCUCAAUGAGAUGGACAAGCUUCCACUGCCUCCCUGGGCCAUCAUCGCCAUCGCGAUCGUAGCCGUGGUCCUCAUUCUCACGUGCUGCUUCUGCAUCGUUAAAAAGACAUGCCUUAAGAAGAAAAAAGGCAAGAAGGGAAAGAAAGGCAAGGGAGAAAUGGGAAUGAAGAACAUGAAGGGAGGAGAGAAACAGGAAGAGGAUGAUGAUGAAGAAGAUAUAGACAUGGGAAUAACUGAAGAGAAAGAGGAGGAACCGAAAGAGAAGGAGAAGCUUGGCAAACUGCAGUUCUCUCUAGACUACGACUUCUCUGACAACAAGCUGACAGUGGGCAUCCUGCAAGCCGCAGAUCUUCUCUCCAUGGACAGUGGCGGCACCUCAGACCCGUAUGUCAAAGUUUUCAUUCUCCCAGACAAGAAGAAGAAGUAUGACACCAAGGUGCACAAGAAAACCCUCAACCCCGUCUUCAACGAGACUUUCAACUUUAAGAUUCCGUUCACUGAAAUGGGAGGAAAGACUCUGGUCAUGUCUGUGUACGACUUCGACCGUUUCUCGAAGCAUGAUGUGAUCGGUGAGGUGAAGAUUCCCAUGAACACCCUGGACCUGGCACAACCUAUCGAGCAAUGGAGAGACCUGGAUAGCGCAGAGAAAGAGGAGCCUGAAAAGCUUGGAGAUAUCUGCAUCUCUCUGCGCUAUGUACCUACAGCUGGAAAACUCACCAUCUGUAUCCUUGAGGCUAAGAACCUGAAAAAGAUGGAUGUUGGAGGACUCUCAGAUCCCUACGUGAAGAUUCAUCUUCUGCAAAACGGCAAGCGGCUGAAGAAGAAGAAGACGACUGUGAAGAAGAACACACUGAACCCGUACUACAACGAGUCCUUCAGCUUUGAGAUCCCACAGGACCAGAUGCAGAAAAUACAAGCUGUGGUCACGGUGCUCGACUACGAUAAGAUCGGCAAGAACGACGCCAUCGGGAAGAUCUGGGUGGGCAGCAAAGCGCAGGGCACUGAGCUCCGGCACUGGUCCGACAUGCUGGCGAACCCACGCAGGCCCAUCGCUCAGUGGCAUCCACUCAAACCCGAGGAGGAGGUGGAUGCCACGUUAGCAGCCCUCACUGCCAAGAAGUAAUCCUGUUCUUCUUCCUUCCCUCCCUCUCUCCUUUCCCUCCCUCUUUCCUUUGUUUCACUUUUCAACAUGCACAACACGUCAUCUUACCCAAUCAGCACUGAAUUACAGCCAUGGGCCACCAGACUAGAGGUAUUAAAGAAGACCAGCUCAAAUGCGAUAGUGGAUCAGAGUCUAAUGAGAGAGACUCUUUCCACAGAUGGUCCUGAAGACAGGCCGAGCUCAUAGGUGUGUAUAUCCUUGAGGUUUAUUCACAGAAGAGAUGUAAGCUCACAUUCACACCCAAAUAUCCAACAGCAUUCCAAAGUUUUCCAUCGGAGACCAGGGAUAGAAAACACUGCCUCUUUCACUGCCUAAUUUAACACAUUCCUUCUAGAUUCUCUGGUCAUCUAGAUGAAAUCAGUUCUGUUACUUUUGUUGAGUCUGAAAGGACAGUGAAGAAUUGUUUAUCAUUGUGAAUAAUAAUAAAAAAAAAAAAUGUGGGAACUGGAGAGAUAGUUGGACUAGAUGCUCCUGCCCAGCCAGAAGGAAUCUUUCAGGUGUCGAUUACACUGCCUGCAAAACAACCUCUUCUUCCAUUCUUCAGUUCCAGCCAUCAGCUGGCUUCUUCCACUGCCCAACAUCCUAACAAACCCUGACAAAAAGGAGACAAGCCUUGAAACAUCAUGAAAUAAGCAAUUCUUAGCUGCCAGGGACGUCUUCCUGUUAGCAUCGGUGUAUUUGUUUCUUUGCUUUGAUUUCUUGUAGUAAAUGUAUUCUGCCUGAGCACUUUAAAUGAAGGUGUGUUUUUGUUACAGUCAAUGCUUCGUUUUCAACCUGCUUUUAUUGUUACCUGCAGUUUUUGAUGUUCUGAAUCCUCUCAUUAAAGGAAUAGUUCACCAAAAAAUGAAAAUUAAGUCAUCAUUUACUCACUUUUCUUUCUUACUGCAGUGGAACACAAAAGGAGGUGUUUCAAAGAAUGUUCACGCUGCUCUCUUCCAUACAAUGGAUGUGAAUGGUGACCAAGCUUAAAAAAAAAAAAAAAAGGCUUCUGACUUCAUAUGAUCUGAUAGACUAAAAUUGACUCGGUCACCAUCGACUUUCAUUGUGUGGAAAAGAGCAGUGUGGACAUUCUUCGAAAUUUCUCCUUUUGUCUUCUACGGAAGAAAGAAGGAAUGCCAUACGGGUUUCGAAAAGCAUGAGUGAACUAUUCCUUUGAGAACUUCCAUCACUUUUUGUUUUCAUAUUUUCUUCAUGGUUUAAACCAGAAGUUAUGGUUUCACGAGAAGAGCUGAUAGAAGGCACUGUUACAUGUGUAUUUAACUGCACAUCUUACCAAACCGCUGAACUUAUUUGCACUACUGGAACUGCAUUCUGUACAUAUUGCUCUAUCAAUCUCAAUACAUGCUUUUGAGAUGGCGCAUUCUUGAGACAAGUUGUCAGAGUUUGCAUUUGUUUAAAAAGGGAGCUGUUAUCAUUUGAAAGCUGCUUUAGGGCUUACAGUACGAAUCAUUGUGUGAGGAUGUGAAUCGCAGAAUAUCAUUUUGCUUAAGACCGACACAGAACUAAAUCUUUGUGCAUUUUAUCCUCAUAUUUCCUGGGGAAACUCUUUUGGCAAUGAUGAUACCUUGUGAUAUUUGUUCAAUUAUUAAGUAGUUGGGAAAUUAAGCAAAAUUGCAAGCCUGAAUUGGAUCAAGACUUUUUUGGAGCAUUAUUUAUUGUGUAGAGACUUUUAAACCAGGCCAAAAACUACAAGUAGAGAGCCAAGAAUGGAUUUGAGAGAGACUUUGUUAUGUACAUGCUGUAACCCAAUAAAAACAACUCAUUCUCAUAAGGAAAACGUCACUUUAGCAGCUUUUAUCCUGCUAUCACAUCACUGCAACAUUGCAUUACGUCAUUUAUCCAGUUACUUUUAGGGUUAAAAUGAAAAGUCUGUCAUUGUAAAAUGUAAAACCUGUAUGAUUUUCUGUCUAAAGCACAAUAAAAGUAACUCUACUCAUGCUUUAUAUUCAAAGUCUUCAUAAAUCCCAUAAUAGCUUUUUGUGAGGAACAGAAAUUUACAUAAUCACCCAAAAGUGAAAAAUCUGUCAUCAUUUACUCACCCUCAUCUCAUUCCAAACCUGUAUGAUUUUUUUUUUCCUUCUGUGUAACACAGAAGAUGAUAUUUUAAAGACUGUUUUGUAUUCGUCCAUUCAGUUCAAGUCAGUAAGUUCCAAAACAAGAUUGGACCCCAUUGACUUUCAUUGUAUGAGAAAAAAAAAAAAAAUUCAAAAUAUUUUUCAAAAUGUCUUCUUUUGUGUUCCACAGAAGGAAAGUCAUACAAGUAAACAAUAAUGGAAUUUUCCAUUUUGGAUAAACAUUCCAUUUAAGUUUUAAAGUUUUAAAUAUUAGCAGUCGAAGCCAUUUUGUGUCAUUCAAACAUAAAAAUCUCUGAAGAUCGCCGACAGAAUCUUCAUUUAAAAGUCGCUUAAGUGACGUUUCCCGUAUGAGAUUCCCCUGGAUAAAACAGAAGCUGCUCUUCUGACAGGCUGUGUUCAGUUGCAAUAACUCUGUUGUUCGAUUGUGAAAUAGCAGGUAUUUCCAUCCACAUUCACAGUGCAGUUUGACAUUUUCAUGUCUUUUUGCAGAUCUAAUGAAUGUGUGGUUAUUUAUCAUUUGUUUAUGUGACAUCAUGCUUUUUUUCCCCUCUAGUAUCGUAUUGAAACCUCAUUUUUUACCGUUCUUUACACCAUUUGUUCUGGUGUAAUCUCUUUCACAGAAAUGUCCCUUAUUUCGAAGAACUCUCACAAAAAAAUCGCAACUCGCAACUAACACCCCCUCCCCAAACCCAUAGGCGUGUAGUUUGACCUAUAUAUGCUUAGUUCCUACUUUAUGAUACUGCAUGUUACAGUACAAAAAGAUGCGCAUGUUUCAGAGAUGAAGCAAAAAAUAUAUUGUGUACCCAAGUAGGUGUUCUUUGUCAUUUUAAUAACAAAACGGAGGGGGAUAAAUACUGUGUAUAUUUUCUAAUCAAAUCAAAUAUGUAUUUAUUUUCUGUGAGUGGGUACUGGAGAGAAUAUGAAGUAUACUAGACUAAUCUUCAUUUUCAGAUUCAAUCCAUGCCUGGACAUCAUGAGCAAAUACUGUAUGUUAAGUGCUUUGUGUGAACUAAUAUAGAAUGAAAACGUAGCCGCAUGCUUGCCGUCUACUAAUAUUGUUAAGGAACAAAAUGAUUAUGUAUUGGUUUAUUUAUUUAUUUAUUUGAAAUUAGUUAUUUAUAUUUAUUUUUCAGAGUAAAAUUUGUAUGUGUCUUUGUCAGAAUACGUUCGUGGGAAGUCAAAACUUCCAGCGGGGGCUCCAAGUGGAUAUUUUCCCCCAUCUUAUAGGAUCCUGUAAUCAGCAGAGUAUCUCUGUUGGAACUACGAUGUAAAGUUUUGGAUCAUACAGAAUCAUUAUGAAAAAAAAUUACACUUUAUUAUCAUUUUUCGUCUUUUCGCUGUCAGUGCCAAUGAGAGAAGUCACGUUUACUGCCAUUUUAGCUGACUUUACGUCAUUCUUACGUGAUUUUUUCGGACCAACUGAUUUCUACCUUGGCAACGAAGUUGCCGGAGCACAAUACUAUCAAUCGUGUUAUAGAAAACUUGGAGUCCCCAUUGUUUUCUAAAAAGCUUUUAUUUAUGAAUCUUUUACAUAAGAACAGCGUUUAACUAGCCAAUAAAAGUAAGUUUGUGUGUGCGAGUGUGAAUAAGAUAAAGCCAUAAGACUUGAGCUAAAUCUUUGGAGCUCAGCUAUAUAGAUGUACUUAAGAUGAUCCUAAAACGUCUAUUCCUUUCAUAGGCCGAUGAACCUCCUCAACAUUCCACAUAGUCUGUGAAGCUACGGGGCCACACUGUUUCCUAAAAUGUGCUAAGUUAAGCAUUAUUGGCAGUUCAACUUGAAAUAAUCAGUCUUUCUGUUAAUAAUAUGUCUUUUCGAUGUUUUUUUAUUGAGUUUAUGAUGAUUUCAGUGUAUAUUGGGUUUUGUAAACGCCUCGAUUUAACACAAAGUGUGCUAGGGACGUCUGUAUGAACUUAUACAUGUGGUCUUAGUUGUUGCCAUUCCACUAUGUAUGUACACACAUGCAUUUUUGGGCAAAAACCGUUUAACUAUGAGAAGUUGUUUGUGUUUACCAUUUUAAUAAUAAUUCACAAUCCAAAAUUCAAUAUGGGAUACUUAAAAAGUAUAUAAUUUGGAAAAUUAAACAGAACUGUGCAGAAAUUCGGCUUAUCCAAGUAAUUUCAAUCAGCAUUGCUUGAGGUCUGAGUGUGAAUGCGUGUGAUUUUAAUAAUAAUGCAUAGGCCCUUUAAUAAGGAAUAAUCAUUUGUUGUGAGUUACUUAAGCACUGCCAUUCUGCCUAUAUGGCAGCGUGCACAAUGAACAUUUAUUUGAAACAUUCCUGAUCGUAAACCACGGAGUUAUUACUUGCAAGCAAAGGUUUUUGUGGCAGUUUAAAAACUGCUCAUGGAUUCCGUCUAUAAGUUGCUCUCCAUGUAUAAAUCCGCUUACGAAACCAGCUCAGUUGUCUUUGUAACUCUCUGUGACUGUUUUAUGUCAUACAAAUCAAUGAGAGACUGCUCUAACGCCCAUAACAGAGAUGUUUUCUUUUUUUUUCGAAUGCUAGCUGAUGCCUUUAUGUCUGCUUUGGCGUAAUCACAUAGCAAAGUUCUGGGGAUAAAAGAAUCAAAAGCUUGCCAUUGUGUCUCUUUAAUUUGAUUCUUCUCUUGCACUUUUCAUUCUGCUUAUCUAGAGUUGUAAAAUGCUCUUUUUUUCUAUUUGUAUCUAUUUGUGAUCAGUUUCUUUUCUUUAGUCGGUGGGAGAUUGUGAGGGUUUGUCCCUCAGGCUAUGUUUGUACCUGUUUCGGUGUUCUCGUGCGUGUGCGUGUGUUCAUGUCCGUAUUGUCGUGCCUAGUGUGGAUCAAUCGCAUGCUUUAGCCCUUGAUGGGACACUUUGAGAAAACGUUGCUCACAGACUCUUCCCACAACCCCCUAGUGGACAGUACAUGAGCAUCAGCAAUCCUUGUAAAGACGUCAAGGGAACCAAAUAGCUCUACAGAUUUACCAUGUGUGUUACCAGCUCUGUACUGAAACAAAUGAGAAAAUAAAGGCCUUUUAAUUACACUUAA